AUGCAGUCUCAAGUAGAUCUCCUCUGCUUCUUGCCUCGCCAGGGUCGGGUAGUACCUUCCCUCUCCCCACCACAAUCAACUUUGCUGCAUGACUCGUCCGUGCGCAUUGACAAGGUCUUCUUCACGUCCUGCGAAUGGGUCUCUUCCUACCGCAAUGGCCGAUUCCCAGUAUCUCCCACCGCCAAUAUCCUUUCCGUCUCUCCCAAGCUCGACCUUCACGACCUCCAUCAGCGCAUCUCCGAUGUAGAACGCCUCCGUGCAUUCUAUCCCAACGCUACGUGCGACUUCCACGGCACUCCUAGCGGAGCCUUAUGCGUAUACAAGAAUGGAGGCCCCUGGCUCGUACGCACCGAUCUCGACGUUGGCCGCAUCUUAAGAGAAGCGCGGCCCGUCUACGAUCACCCUCUGCAAAGCUCUUGGCGCGCCGUUGGCGAGCGCAUCUAUACUUUGCUCGACGAUAGGAAGGUCCGCUGGACGUCCAUAGAUCCCCUGGCUUUCGCAGAAGUAGGAAAGGAGACAUUCAGCCCCCUUUUGUUAUGGAUCGGCGUAGAGCCCGCGUCCCUCGCAUACGAGGACGCCAAUGCGGCGGCCGAGGUCAUCACGUUCUUCCUAUCCGAGGCGGGCUUCGUAGGCGUCGAAGUUGGCUUCCGGGAAUCUGUCGUCAGCCGCGCCGUGUCUGGCCCCAAGAUGCUCAAUUUCGACCCGCACUUCGUGUUCCGCCAGCCCUCCGCUGAGGUCCGCAAGCCCUUCACCCCCGCGCUCGGGCUCUCUAUCUCCACGCUAUACACACCUGAUUUCGAAGGCACUGGCGCUCUCUACUUGCGCGAGAGCGAAUCUAGCGAUCGCGUCUUCCUCCUCACCUGCGCCCACGUCGUUCGCCCUCCUCCCGUCCAUGACAUAGUGAACCCGCCUCGCAAGGUCCAGAUUCGUCCUCGCGACAAGGUCAUCGCUCUCGGUGACGCAGGCUGGAGCGACGCCAUCCUGAACAUGAUGUCCGUCAUAGCGGAGCAGGACCACUUGAUCAGGGACAGCAAAGACACGAUUCGUAUGUAUGAAGAGGAAGAUCUACGGGUGGGCGAGGAGACGGAGCUGUCCGAGGUAGAAAAGAGCGCCGCGCACGUAUCGCUGAGCUGGGCGCAGGAGGCGAUCGAAGAUAUAGAUCGUUUUCACAGCGAGGUGACGAAGAGCUGGACGCUGCCGAACGUGCGCGUCAUUGGCGAGAUUGCGCACGUCGAGCCAGUCGCCGUCGCCACCGAGCCCCAUCGCUUCACCAGGGAUUGGGCACUCAUUCAGCUGUACAACGAGAAGUUCGAUUGGAGUACUUUCAAGGGCAACAAGGUGUACAUUGCCGGCAACAUUUCUUGCUUGGAUUAUUGCACGAUCAUGUUUCCUGGCGAUAUCCAUGCAGGCGCCAAUCUAUAUCCGAGGGACUGCCUUCUCCAAGCUAGUGGUGUCGUUCAAGCCACCGAGAUCCACGAGCCGCUGCACCGCGACGCAAAUGGGGAGAAGUGUCUCCUAGUCGUCAAGAACGGCCUCGCUACCGGCACCACCAUUGGCCGCGUCAUGGGAAUGGAGUCGUUCACGCGCACGUAUGAGGAUCAUGCUAUCAAGGAUACGUCAAUCGAAAUUGGCGUCCUUCCGUAUGGCAUGGCACCUAAAGACCGGUAUUUUCGUGGACCUGUCCCCUUCUCUGCUCCUGGUGAUUCGGGCGCUAUCGUUCUUACUAGGGAGGGCCGCAUCCUCGGGAUGAUCACGGGUGGCGCUGGGAGUCUCGCUGGAACGGACAUCACUUACCUUACACCGUAUUGGUACAUUGAGGAGGAGAUCAAGAAGGUGUUCCCGGAUUCUCGUCUGUACGAGGUUGUCAAGUAG